AUGUCUACCAUCAUUUACCCUGAAAACACUUCUCCUGCUGCUGAUGCAGAGGCCAUUAGGAAGGCUUGUCAAGGUUGGGGGACAGAUGAGAAGGCUAUAAUUUCAAUAAUUGGCCAUAGAAAUGCAACUCAAAAGAAACUGAUUAGACAAGCUUAUGAGGAGUUAUACUGUGAAGAUCUUGUCAAGCGCCUUGAAUCUGAAUUAUCCGGACAAUUUGAGAAAGCAGUAUACAGAUGGAUUCUAAAUCCAAGAGAUAGAGAUGCAGUAAUAUUGCAUGUUGCAAUUAAAGAAAGAGCAAUCCCAAAUUAUCGCGUGGUUAUUGAGUACUCAUGUAUCUAUUCCCCUGAAGAGUUGUUGGCUGUGAAGCGUGCCUAUCAAGCUCGUUACAAGACUUCUGUCGAAGAGGACAUAGCUCAGUAUUCUACUGGUCAUCUUCGCCAGUUUUUGGUUGGGCUAGUUGGCACAUAUAGGUAUGUUGGUGAUGAGUUAAAUGCAAGAGUAGCCAACUCUGAGGCUGAUAUUCUUCACAAUGCAAUAAGUACCAAAGAUUUCAAUAAUGAAGAAAUUGUUCGAAUCAUUUCUACAAGGAGCACUACUCAACUCGUAGCAACUCUUAAUCGCUACAAGGAUCAUUAUGGCUCUUCAAUCACCAAGCACUUGUUAGAUGAUACAAAUGAAGGUAAUAAAGAAUACCUACUAGCACUGCGUACAACAAUCCGAUGCAUUAGUGACCCCCAAAAAUACUAUGAAAAGGUAAUUCGCUAUGCGAUGAACGAGUGUGGGACUGAUGAAGAAUCAGUGACAAGAGUGAUAGUUACGCGGGCUGAGAAGGACUUGAAGGAGAUUAAAGAAGUUUACUACAAGAGGAACAGUGUCACUCUUGAUCAGGCAAUCACCAACCACACUUCUGGAAAUUACAAGGCUUUCCUCCUAACUCUUUUGGGAAAUGAGUAA